AUGGACUCUGCAAGGUCCUGCGGGGAUUAUUCUUCGCCAGAGGUGAACACUUUCCACGUUGAUCUUUAUAGCUUCUCCCAAGACGACUUAGAUGAGAGGUUGCAGUCAUUCUGGGACUUGGAGCACCUCGGGAUUGCCGACGCCGCAGAAUCACCGGGAUUAGAUCUCGUUCUACAGAGAUUCGAGGACAGCACUCUAUUGGAGAACGGUCGCUACAGUGUUGGGCUGCCUUGGAAGGACAACCUUGUCUCUAGGCUCGGGACAAACAAGACAACAGCUGAAGUACGUCUAAGAAACGCCACCCGCAUUCUGUUGAAAGACCAGGCUGUAAUGAACGAAUACAACCAAGUUAUUCGACAGUACCUCGAGAACGGUCACGCUGAACGCGUAGAUGUCACAGCGUCAAAGGUUGGCCCGGAGUAUUAUCUCCCACAUCAUGCAGUGAUCCGACGUGAAAGGGAGACUACUAAAGUACGCAUCGUAUUCGACGCCUCGUCAAAGUCACCUGGGUUUCUAUCUUUGAAUGACGUACUACACGCGGGUCCUAAUCUGAAUUCGGACAUUCUCUCUUUGCUGUUGAGGUUCAGGAUGCAUCCCAUCGCCCUUGGUUCUGGCAUAGAGAAGGCCUUUCUACAAAUUGGCCUUCACAAGCAGGACACCGACGCAUUGCGUUUCCUUUGGUAUUCUACGACUCCGGUUACUGGGCAAACCCUCCCAGACAUCGAAACUUGGCGGAUGACUCGAGUGCCCUUUGGUGCCAGGUCCAGCCCCCUUCUUCUUUCCGCCACUAUUCGACAUCACUUACGGCAGUCUGAAGGUGACUACCCUGAGACAGCGGCGCUUCUACAUGAUCAUUUCUACGUCGACGACUUGGUGGUCAGCGUGGAAGCAUCAUCAGACGCACAGAUUCUGUACCAGGACACUUUGCGAAUAUUUGAGGCCGCAGGCAUGAAAGUGAAGAAGUGGGUGACCAAUGACGGGAUCCUAUUACGCCAGAUGUUCAACGACGGCAGCACAACCGUCGAGACGACUCAAGAUCACACUAAGAAGGUGCUGGGACUUGUCUGGGACGUACACAAUGACAAACUACGAUGUCCUCUCGCAGCCAUUUUGGACUUUGUUGCAACCGAGACGAAUGACAAGAGGCACAUUUUACAGUCCGUAUCAAGGAUCUACGAUCCUUUCGGCUUACUUGCGCCCUUCCCCAUUACUGGGAAGAUUCUGGUGCAAAGAAUUUGGGAGGCGGAGCUAGACUGGGAUGAUCCACUGCCAGAGGACAUACAAUCAGGAAGGAGUGGUGCGUGGGAGUGGCAGAACUGGAACAACUCUCUCUCCCUCGAUUCCUGGGAUAUUCGGGCACGGCCACGCCUAGGAAGAUGCACGUAUUUGCUGACGCUAGUCCCUGCACUUACGGCGCGGUAA